CCAUGUGCCAACAUAUCUCAUGUACUACUCGGGCUUACGCAUACUUUUCAGGUCAACUUAUGUCAUGGAACUAUGUGUGACAAGGGACGGGCAGGCUAUAAUAACCCACACCGACCCCUGGGCGUGAGAAUCAAAUCCUAACUCUCAAAAAGCAGUGCUCCUCAAUAGAACAGAACCUCUCAAUUCAAAUUUGGGAUUACAGUACUUUUUUUUUAUUCCAAUCAGGCAGUGGUAUGCUUUUUUGGAGCAAUUGUAUGGAACAACAAAAGACAAGAGGAUCUUACAUUCAUAAAGACAACUUUACAAUACCUGAAACUUGAAUAUCCCUUGCAUCUGUCCAAGAACGGACAGAACCUAUUAAACUACAGUUUAUCUACUGUACUUGUAAGACCUUCAGUACUCUCUUUCUUUGGGAGAUUAUCUGCACCAUCUCAGUCAUGGUUGGAGUGAAGCCCACAGACUUGGCCCCUACAGCAGCUGUUAAGUUCUUUGGAGCUGGAACUGCAGCCUGUAUUGCUGACUUGAUCACCUUCCCCUUGGACACAGCUAAAGUUAGGUUGCAGAUCCAGGGCGAGUCCAAGUCCUCUGAAGGGAAGAUGGUGGUGAAGUACAGAGGUGUGUUUGGCACCAUUAACACCAUGGUGAAAACAGAGGGGCCCAGGAGCCUCUACAACGGCCUGGUGGCGGGUCUCCAGAGACAGAUGAGCUUCGCCUCGGUCCGCAUCGGCCUCUAUGACUCCAUGAAGCAGUUUUACACCCGGGGAACAGACAAUGCAGGCAUUGGGAGUCGGCUGAUGGCAGGCUGUACAACCGGGGCCAUGGCAGUAGCCUUUGCUCAGCCAACAGAUGUGGUGAAAGUGCGGUUCCAGGCUCAAAUCAGGGGAGCAGAAGGGGAGGGGGUGAAGAGAUAUAACGGCACCAUGGAUGCCUACAGGACCAUCGCCAGGACUGAGGGCAUCAGAGGGCUCUGGAAGGGUUGCGGCCCAAACAUAACUCGUAACGCCAUAGUGAAUUGUUCGGAGCUGGUGACUUAUGACAUCAUCAAGGAACUUAUCCUGAAGUAUAACAUCAUGACUGAUAACCUGCCCUGCCAUUUCACGGCAGCCUUCAGUGCUGGUUUCAUCACCACUAUUGUGGCGUCUCCUGUAGAUGUAGUGAAGACCCGGUUCAUGAACAGUUCAGCUGGAAAAUACAACAGCGCUAUUAACUGUGCUAUUACGAUGAUGAGAAACGAGGGACCCAAAGCCUUCUAUAAAGGGUUCAUGCCUUCUUUCCUUCGCCUUGGCUCCUGGAACAUCGUAAUGUUUGUCACAUAUGAGCAAAUCAAGAUACAUGUGAUGAGAGCUCAGCAGUCCUGGGAGUCUCCUAUCUAACCUGUAUCAUCGUGACUGACUGCUGUGUGGAUUUCUCUUACUGACUAUGAUGUUCAAAGCCAUGACCGCGUGUAUAGGCAGAGCACAUCUUCAUCUAAAGGAGGAACCACACAAGUAUUAGCCUGGUCCCAGAUCUGUUUGUGCUCUUGCCAACUCCAUUGAUGUCCUUGUCAAGCCUUGACAAUGAGUGACAAGGAGUUGGCAUGAUAGCACAAACAGACUGGCACUCAGGCUACGAGUCUGACUUCUGUACAGGAAAGUACGCCCCCUGCAGGGAUGUGUGACCAUACGCGUCUCCAUGACGCCUGGUACCAGACAGAGACCAUUGGCCACACACAGAGACUAUUGAUACAACUUUGUGACUCAAUAAUGGAAUGAAUGGCCUGACUAGUGAUAGAGUGGUUUAUCUAGCUAGUUUAGGUUAGGGAUGAUGUAUUAUGCUUCCUCGCUGGUCGAUAAGGUGCAUAAUGUGACCAUCAAAUGUUAUUUAAGUUGUGUUAUUUAUAAUGCCUAUUUGUAAGGUAUGAGAACUUAAAUAUCCAUUCAAAUUGAUGUUUUGUUUAAUGCCUAAUCCUGGUGGUUUUGUAUUCAUAACAAAUAAUCCAACAUUCUAGUAAGCAAUGCCAUAACCAUUAACUUUUAGAUAAGGAGGUGGUACUGUGCAUGUUACUACUGUAUGUGAAGUUGUUUGAUAUUACUUUAUUACUGUUGGUAUGCAGUAAAUGCAAUUUUGGACCAAG